CUCACUGCGAGGAGGAGGAUACUGCCUCUACUCACUGAAGCAGAAUCCUCUGAAGAGUUACUGAGGCAGAACUGAAAUCAUGGCUUUGCCUUCAAGCAGCAGCUGCUGCCGUGGCCGUUAACGAUGCCUCACGCAGGAGAAAGAUGCCCCUUUAACUCGGGGGUUUUAAUGGGAAGUUUCUAAGCCUGAUACAACAGCUUUGGAGCUGGGGUGUGCCAUCCAUCGGAUGCUGCUGGCAGCGACCUCUGGCUCCUGCUUGCAGCGACCUCUGGCUCCUGCUUCAACUCAGCCGAGCUGGGAAGAAUGGAAACGAGACAGGCUUCUAACUACCUGUAACUGCUUCACCAGGAAAUGGAUCAAGCGUUUGCCCAGCCAGAUCCAGCAUAUGCAAUUGGACCUGGCAGAGAGAAGACACAGAUGCUCCAAAUGAUGGGGAAAACCCACCAGACAAUGUUAUAACGCAGCCUCUCCAGGGAGCAGCCACCAUGAUCUCUGCAAACUGAUGAUGGAAGAGAGGGGAACCAGGAAAUUCUGUGCUCCGGAGUGUCUGAAUGAUGGAUGGAGGACAGCCCAUCCCUUCACCACUGGUACCCUUUGGGAAUGCAUCAGAUUCUAGCAUGUCUCUGGAACAGAAAACAACAUUUGUUUUUGUGAUUUUGUUGUUUAUCUUUUUGGGCAUCCUCAUCGUCAGGUGUUUCCGGAUUCUUCUAGACCCAUAUCGGAGCAUGCCAACCUCAACCUGGGCUGAUGGUCUUGAAGGCCUAGAGAAAGGGCAGUUUGAUCAUGCCCUUGCUUAGCAGGGACAGAGCAGGCUGCCCUCCUAAGGAGGCAAAGUGCUUUAUGUCUGAGCAAAGCUUCCUUUUUGUUAAUGUUCUCAACAAAUCAAAUUUUAACCAUCUCUGGUCCUAGGGCAAUGAUUUCAUAACCAUGCUAUUGUGUCUCAUUUGAGGAUAAUGGAAAGUUUACAUUACCGACCCCCCAAGAAGGAAGGAACAGACAUUUGUGUUUACUCAGUGAUUGUAUGUUGUUGAAGAUGUGAUUGGAAAACCAAGAGCACUGAGACUAGACUUUGCCAUCAACUGAAGCAAUCUGUGAUCAGAACAGAGAACAAACAAUAAGAGAAACUCUGAUUUGCGUUAGGACCAAGCCGAGAAGAGAUCACCUUGCUCAAAUCCUGCGUCUCAUUUUUAUUUCAUGCACAUUUAGGUCCCUGGGCAGUGAAGAAGCCAGUGCAGAGACAAUCGCAAUCAGGUACUUACUUUCUCCCAAAGUAAGGAACACUAAGAAGCAGUGGGGGUAGGUUUAGGAAAGAUAGUUAUUUACUUUGUAACUCUGGAUGAGAAUGCUAUCAUUUUCAUUUUGAAAUAACAUUAAACUCAAAAGUUUACAGAGUUUUGAAAUGACCAUGCCUAAUUCAGUCUCUGCACUCCUAUGUCUAGCACAUGUAGAUGUACUGAUGUAUAGUUUGAAUUUGCUGCCUCUACCUUUCUGAUAGAACUAAUGGGUUACAAGUGCGACUUCAAGGUUUUGCUUUUACAGGAAGUUGAUUGCUUAGCGAGAAGACUUUGGUUAUAAGAGGAGUAUGUGUUUAUAUCUGUGUAUGGUUAUCAAAUAAAAGUUUUC